GAGUUUCAUUAACUUUUUGAUUUUUUUAAAUGCAAUUUUAAUGACUCCGUUAAUUUAAACAAUAUUUUCAAUUCAUAACUCGUCAUGAAGAUUUCGCAUGAAACCUUGGCAAUGGGAUAAGUUAAUUGUCGUUGAAUCGCUCUGGUUUAUAAGAUCUUGCUCGUACUAGGACAAAUUUCAUACGUCAUGCUUGAAACGUAGCAUCGAAGGAGGAAUUGCGAGUAAAGGAGAAUUGUAGUACAAAGUGUAUAUGUUGAGCUCUGUGUAUUUGCCCAAUCUGCACAUUCGUAUGGGUAAAUGUUGUAUAUCUGUAUUGAGAAUGUACAGGGUAACGUCAGGAAAUCGUUAGUGCGUGAAGCAUCUGUGAGCAUUCCGGAAACUAACUCCAUUUACCACUAGCAGGAGAAGCUGCUGCUCUUUGGCAGAGUGGCGUGCCUGACCGAAUCGUUCGAUACUACUUGCAAUAACGAAGUCUACUGCGAGAUGGAGAGAAACGGAGAGAAAGAGAGAGACACAUGGACAGCCAGAGAAGAGAUCGGGCGAAUUAGAUGGACUUGCCAUUCGACACCAUUUCAGAGGCUUCCUCGUGUGUUUUACCAUCGCAGUGAGUGCCUGCAAUCAUUUAUUGAAAUGAUCAAUUUCCGGGGACAACUACGGCGUCGAUUCGAUUGAACGAAUAAGCAAACUUCGCCUCUGCAACGCCCUUGAGACAAGGACGUCUUUUCAAGCUUUGGGAAUAAUUAUCGUCGCGAAUUAGCAUUCGGUUAUAACGUCAUGUUCCGAUCUCUCUCUUUCUCUCUCUUGCUCUUCAUUUGGCGUGGUUCGUACCGUGUUAUUCAAUGACAAGAAAACUGUUACAACUGUUACGACACGCGACAAAACGUUGUUGUUUCGAGGCUCCAUUCACAACUUUGUCGUCGCGAUAUUCAUGCUCGUAAAUCAGUCGAUCUCUCUUCCUGUUCCUCGAGAAUCCUGGCACAUUAUGGCGAGUUCUGCUCACCCAAUCCCAAAUGAAUCACUCGGAAUGAACAAAAAUCACGGCUCUGAAUUUCGCUACCGUCGGAACCCUCAAAUUUAUAGUUAUUUUUACAUCGAGAAAAUCACUGUUGAGAACAAAAUCGACGAAAGAGGAUCCAGAGUUACAAAGAAUACUAUUUUUAUAACUUUGAAGCUAUCGUCGAAAUGGCUUUUUCAUUGUCGAUUUUCGUUGACCGAUUUUCCGAUUUCCAUUGAGAAAUUGCGUGUUGGAAUUGGAUGAUGCAAAAUUGAAAUAAUUCAAUGAAAAUAAAUAACGUAAAGUUCGUGAAAAAUUCAUUCCAUAAUUGGCCACCGCCGUUGUUUACUCACCUUCAUUUCAAAUUCAGAGAUUCCCUCUCGGGUUAUUAAUUUACAGAAAUCGACAACGAUUGAUCUAAGAUUUAAGGGAACAUGAAUCGAGGCUUGAAUGAUGUUCAUAGCCCUCAAUCUGAUCCAUCUAGCUAAUCGAAAUUUCUAUCCCUCAAGCUCUUGGAUUUUCUGACAAGUCAUCGAGCUUCGACUGAUAAAUGUGGCGAGGAAAUGUGAUGAAAAAGAAAGGGGCCCUUUUAUUGUCUACGUAUAUACGUACCAACGCAUGGAAACGCGCGUAUAUCGAAAGACAGAGGGUGAGGAAAGCAAAAGAGCAGACCAGCAACGACGUACGAGGGUGCUUUCCAACUCGAAGAGCGACAGAAUGUCGCCACGAGAUAUUGGCGAAUAACGAAACGAACGCAUGCGCUUCUAACCACCAUCAGCAAAGAGCCGCACUAUUUUGGAAUGUUUUCAACUUAACUCGGCACUUCUGUCUCGUCUCUUAUCUCGAUUGGAGAAAUCCACCGUCGCUGGAAUUCGACACGUGAAAGUUCGUGGUUCGCUUCUCGAGUUACUCAAAAGUCAUUAAUUUACUGAAGGAUCGUCCGAGCAACUUAAUUAAUAUGGAGAAAAUCGUUGAAGAAGAACACGAUGCUGAGAUUGCCGACAAUCACACGAUUAUGGAUUCUCGUGAACGGAUGGGAUUGCAACGCCUGGAAAUACUCCUGGACAAUACGCAGCAAAUUUACUAUCCUGGUAAAUCAAUCACCGGAAGAAUAGUUCUCGAUUUGCAAACACCGAUAGAAGUUCUGGGUUUACGACUUAAGUGCAAAGGCGAAGCACAAGUUUAUUUUACGAAUCGAUCCGCCGGGUUUCGACGAACGUACAACGCUGGAGAAACUUAUCUUCAUGAAGAAAUUUACCUCCACGGUGAUGGAAAAUCCGAAACUGGAAUAAAGAGUGGCAGUUACCCAUUCAGCAUAAAUUUAUCUGAAAACCUACCGUGCAGUUUCGAGGGUCGAUAUGGUCGAGUUCGAUAUUCAAUUAAAGCAUUCCUCGACGUUACAACCAACUGGAAAACUUCAACCGACUUUUUGGCAUUCACCGUCGCUCCAGUUUUUAAUCUGAACGAUCAUCAGCUCGCCCCGUUGCCUAUGAGCGAAACCCUUUCCAAGACUUUCAUGGGACAAACUGAACCGCUCUCAAUGUCAGUUUUUAUUCCGGUUCGUGGGUACGUUCCCGGGCAAACUAUACCGUUGGAAAUAACUCUCAAAAAUAUGUCCCACGUUGACGUCAAAAAACUUCGCAUCGUCUUCAAAAAGGUGGUCUUGUACACGUCUUCGGUAAAAGUUCGUAAACACAAAGAGAUCAUAGUCGAGAUUGAGCAACCGGUCGACCGUAAAUCCGAGAAAUACGAAGCAAACGUCGACGUGCCAGCUAUACCGCCAUCGGGUACAAUCUGCAAUCUGAUCGAUGUCAAAUAUACUCUAAAGGUCGAAGCUUGCGUAGACGUCAACGAAUGGUACUACAGAAUGUUUCACAAAAAUCUGAAAAUUAGAACCCAGGUAAUUGUCGGUACCGUGCCACUUUCGAAUUACGAGGAUCCUUUAGAAUCGAGCGACGAUUCGCAAAGCGAUUUCAGGACUAAAAAAUCACAAAAGGAAACUUUAGCACUGAAAAACGGUGUUAAUGAGAUCGAGGUAACGGAAACCAACGGUGAAGUCACGAAUUCCGAACACGUACUCAAGUAUCAGAGAAGUAAAAUAUAUCGAUCAUCGAAACCGGAACGUGACGACCCCACGGGAGACGAAGGUGACAGCGACGGUGAAGUGGAGCCCUAUUCACCGAUGUAUCGAGUCUACAAAUUUGGAGGGUCGAGAUAGAAGGACGUUUCACCGCUUAACGAACACCCGACGACUCGCUUAAUGAUCUCGUAUUCCCGUAAGAAAUUGCGAGAAAGUCUUUUACUGCAAGGAAGCAGAUUGCUAUUAUGAAUUUCAGCCAACUACAAUGGGCUUUUCCAACUUCGUGGAUAUAACGAGACCUUCGUAAGCGAUAAACGUAAUUCCUUAUUCCUUUCAUCAAUAUAGCAAACGUAAUUUCUCGCUUUUCUCUCCAUUGUUCUAAAUCGUUCUCUAAAAAAGUUAACAGUGCAACGAGCGAGAACAAAAAAUCACGAUAAACCUCGAAAUUUCGCAACGGAGAUGUUGGAAAGUUCGUUCUAAAAGUACCAAGUGCCAAAAAUACAAUUGAUCCUAAAUAAGAAUUUUUUGACCAUUCACACGUUCGGAAACUUUCUGUCCAUCCUGUAUCAUUGUCAAUCCAGUGUCAAGACCGAUUUUUCCGAUACCAAAGACUGAUCAAUUUUAUUAUCUCUUAACACAAAGUCCAAAACUCAAUCCUUUUAAUAAAUUAAGAUCGUUUGUUUUUCAACUCCUUCGGCGACAGCCUUAUGAUAUGGGUAGCAAAAAUAAGUGGGCAGCAGGCAAUGCGAGCAACGAAAUUUCUCUUGAUGCCUUAAGGGUUGGAAAAUAUAAGCGAAUAUAUUGUACACAAGAAACCAUGAUCUCACAGAACGUUCAAGAGUGCAUGCCAAAAGUGAACACAAACUGUGAUUAAAAUAUUUAGCUUUGUGUAAUCUGUACGACAUGCAGUGAAAUAAUCUGUAACGAUAUAUACGAGUGCCAAAUGAACCGUCCAAUAAACUAUGCAUGUGUGCC